GAUGUACUUGAUGGCGCGGACGCAGAGGCCAACUGCUUCGGCCAUCUGCGGGGUAGUGAGCUCUCUGCUGGCUAUUAUAUCGUGGAUCAUCUGGCGCUGUGAGUUAGCUAAGUUGGGCGCUAUAUGGUGAACUGCAAGUGGCGCAACACUCGCAACGGCAAAUGACGAGAGCGGCCAGGCUGCCAAGGGCCAGAACAACUUCAGCCUUCCCACGUACAGAGACAUGGAAACAUUUGUAUCGACGAACGUUUCUUCUCUUUAUGGCAUCUACAACGUUUGGCCCCGCUAACGUCGGGUUUCAAGCGGGCACUAUAAAUGGUCCCGUCCACACUACAUUCUUUGCUCCACCUGCGACGCGAAACUCCACCACCGCCAUCCAUCGUGAUACCUUUCGCCCGAGACGCAGAUUUUGUCGACAGAGGCACAUUGCUCGACGAGCUCUGUGAGCGAUGCACACAGCCAGACGCGAGACAGGCGAUUGUUGGCCUCGGCGGGGUGGGCAAGUCGCAGCUAGCGAUCGAGCACGCCUACCGCACGCGCGAGCAAUCGCCAGAGACGUGGGUACUGUGGGCGCACGCCAGCAACGCCGUCCGGCUCGAGCAAAGCUUCCGCGAUAUUGCCGACCGCGUCAAGAUAUCCGGGCGACAGGAUCCGCAAGUCAACAUCUUUAAGCUGGUGCACGACUGGCUGUGCGAUAGCAAGCAGCCAUGGCUGCUCGUGCUAGACAACGUGGACGAUGCCAGCUUUCUACUCGAGGCCCAACCUGCCAGCUCCAAGACCGCAGCUAGACCGCUGCGCGAGUACCUCCCCUACUGUGAGCACGGCUCGAUCCUCGUUACAACGCGAAACAAAGAGGCGGCGCUGCAGCUGGUGGAGCAGCGCAACAUCAUCACACUUGAUCCAAUGGACGAGGCGCAGUCGCUGACGCUGCUUGCAAGGAAGCUGGGAGCGCAAGCGGACAAGAGCGAUGGUGCUAAGCUGGCGGAGCUGACGGAGCUAGCUGCAGCGCUUGAGUACAUGCCGCUCGCCAUCACCCAGGCUGCUGCGUACAUCUCGCAGAGAGCGCCACUGUGCUCGGUGGC